GGAAUAGCUAGCGUUCACUUCCGUGUAAAUGUUAUGAAUCACUUCCCCCUGUAGCUCGCCGACUUGUCUUAACUCCAUCUGAUUUCAGUUAGAUAGUUUGACAGCUGCUGCUCCUGUAGGGCCUAAUCAGAUGGAGUAUACCGCCGCACAGACAGGGUUCAGACAGCAGCAUAAUAUGCGUUUGAGGAACAGCUCAAUGGAUGGGUCAGAUGGCAGCCAGCUGUUUGACGACACAAGUGCGACGGGGCCAGGGGCACAAGGAGUCUACAGAAAUCAGCAGGCUGGCCCUCAAGCAGCAGGAGGACUUCCUGGCCAGUCCCUCCUGUCGGACCCCAUGUCCAACCUGGCCAUGGCUUACGGCAGCUCACUGGCAUCCCAGGGGAGGGAAAUGGUAGACAAAAAUCUGGACAGAUUUAUCCCCAUAUCCAAGCUGAAGUACUACUUUGCUGUGGACACGGUGUACGUCGGAAAGAAGCUUGGAAUUUUAGUUUUUCCUUACAUGCAUGAGAAUUGGGAGGUGAGCUAUCAGCAGGACAUCCCUGUUGCCCCGCGCUUUGAUGUCAACGCUCCUGACCUUUACAUUCCUACCAUGGGCUUCAUCACAUACAUCCUGGUGGCUGGUCUGGCUCUUGGCACACAGAACAGGUUUUCCCCGGAGCUCCUGGGAGUUCAGGCCAGCUCGGCGUUGGUGUGGUUGAUCAUGGAGGUCCUGGCGGUCCUGCUUUCACUCUACCUCGUCACCGUCAACACAGACCUCACCACCAUAGACCUUUUAGCCUUUUCAGGAUACAAAUAUGUUGGAAUGAUUUUAGGCGUUGUCGCUGGUCUUCUGUUUGGAAAGCUAGCAUAUUAUCUCUCCCUGUUGUGGUGUUGUGCCGCCAUCUUUGUCUUCAUGAUCCGCACUUUGCGUCUGAAGCUCUUAUCAGAGGCAGCGGCUGAAGGGAAGCUGGUGAGAGGAGCCAGGAACCAACUGAGGAUGUACCUCACCAUGUCCAUCGCAGCGGCGCAGCCCGUCUUCAUGUACUGGCUCACCUACCACCUCAUCAGAUAGAAGCUUCAACUCUCACUUUUGCAGGAGAAGAACUCUGCUGUCUGCAUGACAUCAUCUCAGAAACAGAAACACAAACUCCUCAAACACAGAACCACAUCGCUAAACUCACUGGGCAAAACGCUAGCCACCAAACAACAAAGAGGUGAGACGUUUCUGCCUCCGCCUCUGAGCACAGCCACGUUGUUAGUUUUGCCUUUUUUUUUUUUUUUUUUUUACAUUUAAUGUCUUCAGAUUUUGUAGCAAGAACGUGCGGCUUUAAUUGUUCUGCGUCUUUACUGCAUAAUUGCAUGUUAACUGUUUUUUUUUAUGAAUAUUUAUGUACGUCUAUGAAUUACGUCGUUACGUUGCAGAUUUUGCUCGUCGCAGGUCUUUUAUUAAAGCCUGCACAAAGAAAGCACAUUAGCCUCACCUGAUGCUAUGGACAAACUCUAAUCCAGGUUGCUACCUGAUCGGCUAGCUUCGCCGAAAUAUUUUGUGUUAACUUUUUCUGUCGCUUCUUUACUGAGAAAUGUCAGACCCUGUGGAGAAAAAGUUUACAUGACGAAUGCAGCUUCAAAGGUUUAACCCUUUAGAUUGUGCUCGGUCACAUGUGCGAGCUUUGUAAGAGCGGACGUCUUGGACAGAGAUCUGCUGGAAGGAGGAACGAUGUUAGAUGCAAAAACACAAAGAUAGACUGUAGACGUUUACUGCUGAAUAAAUGUCGCACUUGUGUCGUAAUUUAA